GAGCAGCCAUAGACACCGCCGCACCAGCCCUCAUUAUUGGCACCGCAUAUGAGCACACACUCUUCCCCUCGUCCAUUAGAUCCAUUUCCAUUGAGGAAUAUUACGACCGGGGACAAACCAGGUGCACGACCGGGGGGCAGAAAAAGAAAAGGUGGGGGAGGAAGGGCAAGGAAAAGGGGAGCGGGGAAUCCCUUCCCCUUGGCUCCAGGAAAAGCGGCUUUCUAACCGCCUCCCCCCCCUUGCCCACGAGAAGAAAAGCAACCUCUGCUGGGCAGCUCCCCUUGCCCCGCUUUGUGCCUGCCUCUGUCCCUCUUUGGGAUUUUUUUUUUCCUUUGGUCUCCCAUUAAACCAAGGAGGAGAAUGUGAAAAGGGGGGAAAAUGCCCAGGAGGAAGCAGGAGCAACCCAAGCGCCUCUCUUCACAUGGUACUAGACAGGAAGAAGCCGAAGAGGAACUUAGUGAGGAAGAGCAUUGGUUUGGGAACUCUUCAGAGACCCCAUCAGAAGCAUCUUAUGGAGAAGUCCAGGAGAACUUCAAAUUAUCCUUUGAGGACAGGAUCCAAGAACAAUCCACAUCUCCAGACACUUCUUUGGGGAGCGGAACUCCUAGUAGCAACACAUUGGAAUUGGUGGCUGUUGAGAAUGAGGCCAUAAGAGAUGUAUUACAGAACAGGGAACAUCUCUCUUCUAGCGUAUCUUCUUCUAUCUGUGAUGAUGAUAAUCCUGGGUCAAACAAGCCAUUGAGUAGUAAUUUGAGACGUCUGCUGGAGGCUGGUUCUCUCAAGCUAGACACUACUAUCACAGUUAAUGGCCGGGUUGAGUCCCCAGUAAAUCUUGGCUCAAAUAUCUCUUUUUCUCCAGCUACACAUCAUGCCCAGCAGCUAAGUGUCCUUGCAAGAAAGCUAGCUGAAAAACAGGAACAAAACGAUCAGUAUGGCCCAAACACAGGUUUCAUAUGGAAUCAAGGCAAAUGGUUGCCUAACUCAAUGCCCUCUUGCAGCUUGUCUCCAGAUUCAGCAAUCCUAAAAUUGAAAGCCGCUGCCAAUGCAGUCCUUCAAGACAAGUCUCUUUCUCGGACUGAAGAUCCAACAAUAAGGUUUGAAACCUUCCCUUCACCAUUUAGUUCUCAAUCAGCAAGCUCCACCUUAGCUGCGUUAUCAAAGAAGGUCAGUGAAAGAAGCAUGACUCCUGGGCAGGACCAUUCACCUCCCGCAAAUUCUUUCCUUUCUCUCACCUCAAUGACUUCUUCAGCAGCUCUACUCAAGGAGGUGGCUGCAAGAGCUGCAGGCAGCCUUUUGGCUGAAAAGAAAAAGUCACUGAUUGUAGAAGAUCCCCUGCAGCUUUCAGACAUGAAGCAAGAGAAAUUAAUUCCACCACAGUCUUUGGAACUAUUGUUACUCCCAGCCCCUAAAGGAAGAGCUUCUAAAACCACAAAUUCAGCCUCAGAAGAAGAAAGUGGGAAACCUUUCCAAUGUCCAAUCUGCGGCUUGGUUAUAAAAAGGAAGAGCUACUGGAAACGGCACAUGGUGAUCCAUACAGGCUUAAAAAGUCAUCAGUGUCCUUUGUGUCCAUUUCGUUGUGCACGAAAAGACAAUUUGAAGUCACAUAUGAAGGUUCACCAACACCAGGACCGGGGAGAGACAUUUCAGUGCCAGCUGUGUCCAUUUACUUCCUCUCGCCAUUUCAGUCUGAAACUCCACAUGCGUUGCCACCAACAUUUUCUGAGGACAGAAGCCAAAGUGAAGGAAGAGAUUCCAGAAAUGGAUGUCAAGAUCUCACCACUACUGAGUGACAACUCCAGAAUGGGUCAGGAGGUAGAUGGAGGAACAGAUCAUGUAGGGACUACUGCUGCCUCUAGAUCUCCUGAUGCACUUGGGCAGGUGGGAACUACCAUCCCACCUCUGCUAGUCAAAGAAGAACCCAAAGAUGACAGCAGUGCCCCCAGCCCCUCUUUAGCCCUCAAUGUUGUUGACAGAAUUGCCAACAGUACAAAGCUAAAAGAUUCCAUUGACUUUAUGACCAAUACAGCAUCAGCACUUUUCAGUCAGGAUAUAUCAGUCAAGAUGGCUUCAGAUUUUCUUAUGAAGCUUUCAGCUGCAAAUCAAAAAGAACCCUUGACACCUACAUUUAAAGUGAAAGAAGAACCGAAAGAUGAGGACAGUGCAAGCUCCACAUUGUCUAAAACCAGUUAUGGUUUUAGUCAUGAACCUGAAGUAUCUGCCCCAAGUAUUCCUAAGGAGAAUCCCAAACCACAAGAAGCGCCAGCAAAUGUACUGCAACAGGAUAUGUCAGUCAAAGCAGCAUCUGAACUUCUCAUGAAAUUAUCAGCGGAAAGUUACAAGGAAUCCCAGACAACAAAGAUUAAAGAAGAGCCAAUGGAAGUUGAGAUUCAUGAAUCCCAUGCCUCUGUUUCACCUAGCCAAAAUGUCAGUUACAGCACUUUACUUAGGCAAGAAAUAACUGAACAGGUACAAAAGAUCCCUGAAAGCCGUGUAGUUCCGGAGAGAAACCUCUUUAGCCAAGAUAUAUCCGUGAAAAUGGCUUCAGAAUUACUUUUUCAAUUGUCAGAAAAAGUGAGCAAAGAGCACAAUCACUCUAAAGAUAAUACCAUCACUAUUUCAACUAGCCCAUUUUUUUCUGAAGAUACUUUUAGACAAUCACCAUUCACUUCGAACUCAAAAGAUCUGUCUAAUGAGAGUGCUGUUCAGGGAAGGACAUCAGUUCUAGAAACGGACAAUAUAGGACUAGAAACUGGAAAUGGGUUGUCGUCUUGGAAAUUUAAUGACCAGCUCUUUCCUUGUGAUGUAUGUGGAAAAGUGUUUGGCCGACAACAGACGUUGUCCCGACAUCUCUCCCUGCACACAGAAGAGAGAAAAUAUAAAUGCCAUUUGUGCCCAUAUGCUGCUAAGUGCCGUGCUAAUCUGAACCAGCACCUGACUGUGCAUUCUGUGAAGUUGGUGAGUACAGACACUGAGGACAUUGUCAGCGCUGUUACAUCUGAAGGCAACGAUGGAAAGAAGCAUCCUUAUUACUACAGUUGUCAUGUGUGUGGAUUUGAAACAGAGCUGAAUGUCCAGUUUGUCAGUCAUAUGUCUCUUCAUGUGGAUAAAGAACAAUGGAUGUUUUCUAUUUGCUGCACAGCCUGUGAUUUUGUUACCAUGGAAGAGACGGAGAUGAAGGCUCAUGUUGCCACCAAGCAUGCAGGUGAUAACCUCUCUCUGUGUCCAGGUGAAGAAAGGAAAACACCCAGUGAUUCAACCAGUCCUUCUUCUUCUUCCUUGUCAGCACUUAGUGAUUCUGCCAAUAGUAAAGAAGAUGCAGAUAUAAGUCCCAAACCCAAGGGAUCCAAUAACCUGCUAGUUAUUUCCGUAGUGCCUGGUAGUCAGACUCUAUUAAAUGCGGAAGAAAAAUCAGAGAAAGGUUUUGAAUGUGUUUUCUGUAACUUUGUCUGCAAAACAAAAACCAUGUUUGAACGCCAUUUGCAAAUCCACCUGAUUACACGGAUGUUUGAAUGUGAUGUGUGCCACAAGUUCAUGAAGACUCCUGAGCAAUUACUGGAGCACAAGAAAUGCCAUACUGUCCCCACUGGUGGGCUCAAGUGUCCCUUCUGCAUUUAUUCUACAAACCGUCCAGCAGCAAUGGAAUGCCAUUUGAAAACCCACUACAAAAUGGAGUACAAGUGCCGGAUCUGCCAAGCAGUGAAAGCCAAUCAGCUCGAGCUGGAAAUGCACGUUCGAGAGCAUCGCCUUGGCAACCACUACAAGUGUGAUCAGUGUGGCUAUCUUUCAAAGACUGCCAACAAGCUGAUAGAGCAUGUGCGUGUGCAUACAGGAGAACGCCCUUUUCACUGUGACCAGUGCAGCUACAGCUGCAAACGCAAAGACAAUCUCAACCUGCACAAGAAACUCAAGCAUGCGCCCCGGCAAACCUUCAGCUGCGAAGAGUGCCUCUUCAAGACCACCCACCCAUUUGUCUUCAGUCGCCAUGUGAAGAAACAUCAAAAUGGAGACUGCUCUGAAGAGGAAAAAAGGGGUCAGGGUGUGAAUUCCACAGAAGCCAGCCCCCUGCUCAUGGCCAACAGUUCCCGCAGCCUCUUGUCCCCUCUCUCAGUCAUGUCAGCCUCCCAUGCUCUACAGACAGUGGCCAUGUCAGCCGCUCAAAGUGGCGGGACAGAGCCAAAUCUGGCGUUGAGGGCCUUGAGCAUAAACGGCACUUCCCUGUGCUUUGAUAAAUAUCGGAACUCUGAGUUUGCCCACCUCAUUCCCUUGACCAUGUUUUUCCCCAAAAACCACUUUGAAAUAACAUUCCAUUCACCUCAACCACAGACCCUAUGCUUGGAUGACACUUCGCCGAAGCACUCCUUCCUUGCCUAUCUCGGACUAACAGAAAGACCAGAAGCUCUCUAGGACAGCCUCCUCUGUACCAAAAAUCCUCCACACCGCACCCCUGACACGCCCCCCAGACUCCAAGCAGGUUUUAUUUCAAACCAUAGAUCCAAGAGUUUGGCUGCCCAACCAAUUGUACAAUUUAUCGUUAGUGGUAAGUUACAGCCAAGAAAAUGGCGCCACUCGUCUCCUUAAUACAUGGCCAUGAAGGCUGCUUCGUUAAACCUUAGGACAGACGACCUCCUGCAUAUUUCUUCAGAGGCAUGUUUCCGUACUCUCAUCUACCUGAGAAACAUUUUUGUCUCUUUUAAGCUGAACAAGAGUGUCCUUAAUGGCAGUCAGCACUAGCUAAGAUGACCCUUUGAUGCAUUUGACUUUGGGUUAUGAAUCUGAGCAUUUCUAAAAAAAAAGAGUCUGUGUGCCAUGGCAUUGCUUUUGCACAUCGUUUUGUACUGGCUUAUUUAAUAUGAACUUAAGAAGCUGCCUUAUGCUGCAUCGACCCCAGUUUUGUCUGUUUAUGAUUGACACCAGUUCUCCAGGAUAGAAGUCAUUUCUAGCAGCUGCUUCCUGAGAUUUCUUAACCAAACAUGCUGGUGGCUGAAUCUGGGAUCUUUAUACAUACAAAGCAUGUGCUCUACCACUGAGCUGUAGCCCCACCCCUGUGAAACAUUGCAGUCGUCCAGGCUUGCUCAUCUUGCCUGCUUCUCUUUUACUGCUCAGUUAUGGAAUGUAAGAACAGCAAUCAAGAAGAAACUAGCAUGGCAGUCAGUCCUGCUGGGAAUUUGCUAUGUUAAUCGCAGGCUAGGUUAGUCUCACAUCUUAGAGUUUGAUGAUCAGGGCAAAAGCAGGAGAGGGGAAAUUACUUUAGCCUUGCAAGAUGAUGCUAUUUCAGAUAGUAACUUUUUUCUUACAUGGAGAUAUUCUGUAUGGCCAGUGCAUGUACACAUGUAAUAUGAAGGGCUUUUCUCUGUGUACACAUUUGGAUAGCCAAGUUUUCAUACCUGCUGCUCCGUGGAUUUAUUCAUGUUCUGACCCUUCCCAGCAAAGAAAACACUCCUAUUACCCUUGAAAUAAUACAGUCAAUGUGAUUAUCUCUAUGAAGGAAAAAAGAUAAUGUUUAAAGCAGUCCUGAAUACAUAACAGUGAUGUAUGAGAAGGCAGCUAGAUUUAUAAACAACAAGUGUGUUGCAUACGUGCCCCUAAUUUGAUUGUUUGGUUACAUUCAUGUGACUUGGUCCUUUUUAAAAAAUACUUUUGGAUACAAAUACCCAAGAACAAGGUACAUAUGAUAAGGCAUUUGUUUUAGACUGGACAUAACACAUUACAUUUAAAUUGCUGCUUUCCUUGGUCAGAUAACUGGAGGCAGAAACCUGAUCAUUUUGCCAACUCGCUUCUUCUAGUCAACAAAGAAAAAUAUCUUGAUUCGAAAAUAUGUGCACUAUUCAAAUUUGACCAAGGCGACUACAGAAAAAUAGAGCAAACAGCCCUCAGGCCACAAAAUCACAUCUACACAUUCUCAGUUGGUCUGAAUGCAGAUUGUGAGGGCAAGGAUGCACAUUUAGAAAUAAUUAAAUCCAAAAGAAGGCAUUUUAAAAAGGAAGGAUUUUUUAAAUUCUGGGCAUUAGGGCUCAGACUAAAUAAAGGCAGGUUUUGCACAGUGGUUGAGUCUUGCACUAGUAUGUUUCUCACUAGCAAAAAAAAGUAAAAGAAACAUAUCAAAGAUAAUGUUUCUUUUUUUAACUGAAAAAUAUCAUGUACAUUUGAAAAGUAAGUGCAAGUUCUUUCAAAUGGAAGGAGAAAAAGGUGCUGUUUAAUUAUAGAAUUCUCUUUUAUAUGUCCAACUAUUCAGCUAUACUGGCAACUUUGUGUUCUAUCCCUUUCACGUUAUUUGUAUUCCUUUAUAAUAUUUGCUAAGGCUUACUCAAGUAUACUCUUCUAGGAAAGUAACUUUAUAUUUUCUUAAGGCUCUUAUUUUUAGUCAUUAAAAUGACAUAAAUAUUGCACUUUAUUGCAGUAGAAGCAAAUGUUGCAUUCCUAGUGGUUGAUCUAAAAUAUUAACAUUUCCUAAGAUUUAAAAAAAAUGCCCAUGCACUGAACAUUUAUUAUAAAUCACUAUCAUAAAUGUUUUCCCCACUAAAGAAAUAUGAGGGAGGGGAGUGUUCAAAGUUCUUACUAUAGAGAACAAAGAAGGAGAAAACCUAAAUACUAGCCAUUGAUAACACUGAAUUAACAUAAUAAGCAUAGUCAAAAUAAUGAAAGUUCAUGAAGAGGUUUAAUCAAUGUAGGGCCUUAUCUGGCUGAUUUACGGUAAAAUAAGUUAUUGUUUUAAAUCUCCUAAGAAAAGUUUUGGGACCCUGUUUAUUGCACUAAAUUCUGAUAAAAAAUACUUUCAGAAAUUUUGGGAACUAUUCAUCAAAAGGAUGAUUAAGAUAAAGUUGAUGUAAUGUGAUGAACUAACUGUGGCAUUGCAAUACUAUGCAAUAGUCAGCAUCACUUCUUGGAGCCUUCCCCAGCCAUUCAUUGUGCUGGCAGAGGCUGCUUCGUUGUGGAAACCCAAUGCACCCGGAAGACACAAAAUAGAGGAAGGCUGAGUUUCUGAUCCUGUUCCCACUAUAUGAUUAACCUCAUCCAUGUGCCAAAUUAUAGUCACCAUCCAUCGUGUGCAAGCAACAAUCAAGGAUGGAUUUGUCCAUGGGAUGGGAGCUAAUAUUUUAAAUUGGGCCCCUGUUUCCUUUUUUUCACCUUACAUCAGAGUGAAAAAUUAAAUUCAGAGAAGGGUAUUUUUAUCCAUUUCCUACUUGUGCUUCCCCCCCCUCUCCCCGCCUUGCAGUCACGAGAUUGGAAACAAAAUCAGCCAUAUAGAUGGAAUGUCUAGGGGAAAAAAACCUUCAUGGGCCUCUCCAGAAUUUCAUCCUACCCUAGGCAAGAUCAAUGUUAAGCCCAUGGCCAGUGGCAACAUGGCUAACCAGACGGAUUUAAUUUAUUCUUUGUGAAAUUAUUUAUGGCUAGUUCUAAGUCCCUCGUGUCCGGUUGCUAUCUCAGUUAACCCAUAGGUUAACCCUCUUGGCCAGAUAAGUGUCAUGGGGAAACGGUCAUUAAUAACCCCCUCCUUUACUUGUUUCCAGCGAUGCACAUCUUGGGGAAUAGGGCUCCUGCGCACCCUAACAACCUCAUGACUCCUGAAGCCGGGCAGAAGAAGUCUAGUAAAGAAUGGGAUGUGAUCUGGAAUGUGAAAGCUACCUAGUACUCUGUCAUAUGGGAGUAGAGCAGUGGCAGAUCCAUCUGUACAACUGUAAUGGUGUUCUAAUAGUGCAGGUGGGAUUUUGCAAUAAACAAAUGAUCUGGCCAAUUUCUCUUCCCCAGAAUGUGGCUGCAACAGCAUUGCCAAAUAGUGAACAAGAGUUUGAGCUCAAUUAUCUAAUCCGACCUCCCCCAACCCAGUACCUUCCAUGCAUGUUGGGUUACAGCUUUCUUCCAUCCCAGACUGUGUACUUUGGCCGUGAUUAAAGUUUAUGCAUCAGUUCAUGUGGACGGUACCAGACUGGAGCAACCUAAGCUCUGGAGGUUUCAGGAACUUGUUUUGGGAGUAAUCUUGAAGCAAUUAUUCAGCUGCAGUUGCCAUUAAAUUAUAAGCUUCAUAAAUCUCUUUGACUGAUGAUUUUGGAAGAAAUAAAGUUAAUGCCAUGCUCAUUAGGGAGCAUAAUAAUUUAGAAUGCUAAAAAUUUGUGACAAAAAAUAUAUAUGGAGAUUUCUUCCUACAAGUGGCUACUGCAGUUAACUACAUAUAUUCAAGGUGUUUUAAGAUAACUUCCAAACAACGAAUGACCCUAUGAAAAAGAUAAAAUAUAAUAUUGUGUCAGCAAGUAAGCUACGCAUGCAUAGGAAUGUUAUAAACAUUUUUUCUGUAAACCAAAUAGUGCAAUAUACAUAGGGGAUUUCAAGGAAUGAAAGUAUUACGAUGCUAUGAGCAAUUUAAUGCCUUGGGUUUAACCAGUUUCCUUUUGUAUUUGUUUGUCAUGGUAAUGCUUAAUGUAAUUGGGCAGCUUUAUUUAGCACUUUGACCACUGAUUAUUUCUGGAAAGUUAAUUAUGCAUUGUUUCUGUUUAAGAGGGGAAAAAAGAAUUUGAGGUGUUUUUAUUUUUUUAAGAAAAAAUAUACAGUAUUUAUCAAAGCCCUUGCAUACCCAAGAAUUGGUUUGCUGUUUGACGCUAAAACUAGGAAUGCUCACUAAUAUACCUUUUGCUUGUUAAAAAAAACUUAAUGUUUGUAUCAACAGUUCACUUUGUACCUGUUUUUCCCCACUAUGCACUCCUUAAAA